CGGCCGGACGCUGGCGGAGCGCGGGGAGCGCGAGCGGCCCGAGGCGGCGGCCUCCCUGCCACCCGCCCGGCCACCCGCCCGGCCGCGGACGCGGGGACAGGGAGCGGGGCCGGCCUGCGCCCCCAGGGGUGCGGCCCGGGCCGUCGGAGAAGCCCGAGCGGCGGCGUCCCCCGCGGCCGCCCCCAAGUUGGCCGCGCGAAACUUUUCCCCGCGCGUCUGGGCGCCGCCCCCGCCGAGACCCGCCGCCGGUGGGGAGUGAAGGGGGGGAGAGGCCCGCGGCUCCCUCUCCCCCCCGCCGCCGCCUCCCGUCGAGGCGCAGCCGGGCGCGACAGCGGGGCCGGGGGCCCCCAGGCGAUGGCCGCGGAGCUGGCGAUGGGCGCCGAACUGCCCAGCAGCCCGCUGGCCAUCGAGUACGUCAACGACUUCGACCUGAUGAAGUUCGAGGUGAAGAAGGAGCCACCCGAGGCCGAGCGCUUCUGCCACCGCCUGCCGCCCGGCUCGCUGUCCUCGACGCCGCUCAGCACGCCCUGCUCCUCCGUGCCCUCCUCGCCCAGCUUCUGCGCGCCCAGCCCGGGCACCGGCGGCGGCGGCGGCGGCGCGGGGGGCGGCAGCGGCGCGGCGCAGGCCGGGGCCACCGCGGGGCCGACGGGCGGGGGCCCGGGCGCCGUCGGGGGCGCCUCGGGGAAGCCGGCGCUGGAGGAUCUGUACUGGAUGAGCGGCUACCAGCACCACCUGAACCCCGAGGCGCUCAACCUGACGCCCGAGGACGCGGUGGAGGCGCUCAUCGGCAGCGGCCACCACGCCGGGCACCACGGCGCGCACCACCCGGCGGCCGCCGCGGCCUACGAGGCUUUCCGGGGCCAGGGCUUCGGGGGCGGCGGCGGCGCGGACGACAUGGGCACCGGCCACCACCACGGCGCGCACCACGCCGCCCACCACCACCACGCCGCCCACCACCACCACCACCACCACCACGCGGGCGCGGGCCACCACGGCGGCGGCGGCGGCGCGGGCCACCACGUGCGCCUGGAGGAGCGCUUCUCCGACGACCAGCUGGUGUCCAUGUCGGUGCGCGAGCUGAACCGGCAGCUCCGCGGCUUCAGCAAGGAGGAGGUCAUCCGGCUGAAGCAGAAGCGGCGCACGCUCAAAAACCGCGGCUACGCGCAGUCGUGCCGCUUCAAGCGCGUGCAGCAGCGGCACAUUCUGGAGAGCGAGAAGUGCCAGCUCCAGAGCCAGGUGGAGCAGCUGAAGCUGGAGGUGGGGCGCCUGGCCAAGGAGCGGGACCUGUACAAGGAGAAAUACGAGAAGCUGGCGGGCCGGGGCGGCCCCGGGGGCGCGGGCGGGGCCGGCUUCCCGCGGGAGUCCUCGCCGCCGCAGGCCGGGCCCGGCGGGGCCAAGGGCGCACCCGACUUCUUCCUGUGAGCGCCCGGGCCGAGCGCGCGCCGCCGCCGCCACCGGCCAGAGGCGCGGGCCGCCGGCGCCGGACUGGAGGCCCCUGCCCGCCGGGCGCCCCGCGCCCUCCCGGCUCGCGGUCCGGGACGGGGCCGCGCCCCCUCCGCGCACGGAGCGCGGGCCUUCCCGGCCAAGCGGGGCCGGAGCCGGCUUCCUCCCCGGCGUCCGCCCGCCCGGCCGCGGCGCGCGGCUCCCCGGCCCCGACGCCGCCGCCCGCCGCUCCCCGCGCGCCGGCCUUCUCGCGGCCUCCCCUUCCUCGCCCGUUUCUACGACUCCUUUUUAAAGCGACUUUAUUUUCGAAGCAUUUCUGUUUGUUUUGCUCGGUGAUUAGUUAAGAAAACCCCGGAGGAAGUUCCCUCGUUCCCGGCCGGGGUCCACCCUCGGACGUCCGCGUGUCCCAGCAUGUGUCGCUCGCUCGCUCGGAGGGGUCCGGUCCCUGCCUGCCCGCCUGCCCCCCGCCCUGCCGCCGGCGUCCCCUAGAGAUUGAAGCCGAGGGAUAUUAUCUAUGCCGUGUUCAGUCCUGCUGCCCUGCUGUACUCACGGGGGGAGGGGGGUGGGGGUGGGGCUGGGGGGUCGCCGCGCUCUGAGGGUGGGGGCUGGCCCGGACUCCCCUGCUGCUCUUUCUCUAUGCACCAGAUCGUAUUUAUGAGUCCCGGGGAAAUAUAUCUUAUUUUAACCUUCAAGAGAAGUGGAAGAAAAAAAAGUAAUGCACAGUAUUUCUAGCAAAAAAAAAAAUUUUUUUUUUUUAAAGAGGAGGUUUCAGCCUGAACCUCCUGGCAUGGAGGCAAGUGAAGAAAGUGUUUUUAUUUUAAUUUAAAUUGUGUUUCGUUUUGUUUGUGCAAUCUUUAAAAAAAAAAAAAAAAAGCCCAGUGGCGCUUUGGACUAGCCAGUGGGGAGGAGGAAGCCGCCACUGGCCUGCGGUCCCUGCAGGUCCACCAGGCCUCUGGCCUCCAGUGGGUCCUGUGCUCCUUCCAGGCCUGCUCCUGCCCAGUGUUCUGAGUGGGAGACACUCGAAGUCGUUGAAAGUUUUCUUGUGUUGUUGCGUUUUAUUGGAUAUUUUUUUCAUUUGCUAUGAAGCCGAGGAAAGGGGG